CGCGGUGAUGGGCGGUGGCGGAGGCGGGCGGGAGCAGCGCUCCGCCCGGGGGCCGGGCCGAGCCGGGCCGGGCCGGCGGGAGCCGAGGACAAAGGUGACCGGGCGGGAGCGGGAGAGGGGCCCCCAAACCCCCUUUACACCGUCCGACCCCGGAACCAGCGCUCCUACGGCCUCCACGGCCGCCCGCGCCUCGCUGAUGCUGGUGACCGCCGGAGAGCCGAGGUAGAGGCAGAGUCCAGGACGUGGAGCCAUGAAGCUGAACGAGCGGAGCCUGGCCUUCUAUGCCACCUGCGACUCCCCGGCCGACAACUCCGGCUUCCUCUACAAGCGCGGCGAGCGGCACACGGCCUAUCAUCGCCGCUGGUUCGUGCUCAAGGGCAACAUGCUCUUCUACUUUGAGGAGCGGGAGAGCCGGGAGCCGGUGGGCGUCAUCGUGCUGGAGGGCUGCAACGUGGAGCUCUGUGAGUCAGCCGAGGAUUUCGCCUUCGCCAUCCGCUUCAGCGGCACCAAAUCCCGCACCUAUGUGCUGGCGGCCGAGAGCCAGGCGGCCAUGGAGUCGUGGGUGAAGUCGCUCUCCCGAGCCAGCUUCGACUACAUGCGGCUGGUGGUGCGGGAGCUGGAGAAGCAGCUGGAGGAGAUACGCUGGGGGCUGGCUGGUGGAUGUGGGGGUUCCCGGGAGUGUCCCAGCUCCUGGAAGCCAAAGCAGUCCCUGGAGCGGCUGCCAGCUCUGCCUGCCAUCCUGCCAAAGGAAAAUGGCUGUGCAGUGUGGAACAAUGCCUUGGGAGUGGGCCAGCCACCAGACACCUCUGGCUGUGGUGGGAAUGAUGACGAGGGGACCCCGCUGCCGCCGCCGCUGCCACCGCGCAGGCGGGUGUUGAACGGUGAGGCCACAGUGCAGAGCCCGUCCACCUUCUGCCAGCUCCAUGAGCGGUACAGCCGGGAGGUGGCCCGGCUGCGGCAGGACUGGCUGGAGAAGCAGCGUGGGCCCCGGCCCUGAGUGGCGGCCAAGCCCUGGGAACACACCAGGACCUGUGGCAGGGUGGAGGUGGUCAUCCUUGGUGCUACCUCUCCUCACCCUGGGAUGCACAGCCCAUGGACACCUUGAUGGUGCCAGUGAGCACCCAGCACCAAGUGCUGCUCCAUGAUGGUGAAAUGGGCAUCUCGUGCCAGGCAGGGAUGCACCCUCCAGUCACGCCCAGAUGUGGCUGUGGGGUGGCCCACUCAGCACAAGCAACCUAUGAACCACUCACUGAUGCCUCCUGGGAAUCAACCACUGCUCUGGAUCUGGUGGGGCCUCUUGAAGCUCUUGCAGUGUGAUCAUGCAUAGACAAUACUUUGGGAGGAGGAUUUUGAUGGGAUCUCGCCUGCCUGAGCGCCUGUGUGGGUGUUUCACAGCUAGAGAGCCUGUUACCAACUUCCCCUCCCUGCCCAGCACAAGGCUGAGGUCGGCUGAGCUCCACCAGAUCCCUCUGCUCCAGCAGGAUGUGGUUUGAAAUGAAAAUAUCAGUAAGUGCAGCCCUUCCUUAGUGGCAGCAGCAGCACUGCACACUCCAGCUGCCGGGGGGGCUGAUGACACCCGGCCUCGGGCAUUACAGGGCUACUGCUGCUUGCAGCCCCUCCACUGAAUUCGGGGGGGGGGGUCAGACCCCAGGGGAACGCAGCAGCUGCGGGUGCUGCCUUGCUUGUGGAUAUUUUGGGACAGCACAACAUCCCUGUACCAGUUCACUAAGGGGAAGCAUCGCUCACAGUGGCAAAUGGGAAUGCAUGUGUCAGCAGCGGAGUGUGAGGGAUGAUUCAUGUGCCAAAGCUGGUGUCUCAUGCCAGUGUUUCUCUCUUAUUUCCCCAAGAGACACUCAGCCUGCUGGCCUGGAGGUAGGGUGACCCACCCUGGGUAACGGUGGAGCAGUCAGGGUGUCCCAGCUUUGGGCUGGGUGGCUCUGGCUCCCUUUGCCCCCUUGGGACAGACACAAGAUUUUGCUACAAUAAAAGUUGUUUCAGAAAUUC